AUGGAAUUCAUGAAUAACAGAUUGAAGCAAGGAUCGGAAAAUGAUGAGCAAUUGAUGUCGUUUCUGGAGCAAUUUCAGAACUUGGAAAAGGAGGAGCGCCAGUUACAGUUCCAAAAUCAGCAGCUCAGCGAAGAGAACCUGAUGUUACGCAAUGCAUUACAAGGUUUUCAACAACGGCUAUUCGCAGCGGAAGCUGCCAUUGCGCAGCUGCAACACGAGAAGGCAUAUAUGGAUCUUACGGCAAAUUCAUCGUCAUGUUUAACCGCUGGCAAGCUACCCGAUCUUUCACAGCGGCCAUCAGUUCCCGCUAUCUCAUGGCAAAAAAUUCAAAAACAGGUGCUCAAAUAUGCAUCUGAAGGUCGCCAUGAAAUGGCCGUACUUCUCUGCAAGGAAGCUGUGGCUGAAUUGGAGAUUGUUUGUGGACACGAUCAUCCGGAUGUUGCGCCUAUAUUGAGAACCCUAGAGCAAGUCUAUCGCGAUCAAAGCAACUACAAGGGGGCAAACAAGAAGUGGUAA